AUGGCUGGCCAGCUCUCUCUCUUGGCGCCAACAGUCGAGCAACACCCCACCGGUUUCGGCGUGGGAACGGCCACCCCUCGAGUAUCCUGGCGAUUCCUUGCUGAGAACUGCCCACGCGACUGGCAACAAACAGCAUACGAAAUUCAGAUUGCGCGUACAGAUUCAGAAACAGAAACACAUUCUGUUACCAGUGAUACAUCCGUGCUCGUCCCAUGGCCAAGCACACCGUUGAAAUCUCGGGAAAGCGUUCGCUUGCGGGUACGUUCCUUCGGCCGCGAGGGGCAGGGCCAGGUAGAAUCGACAGAUUGGUCGCCCUGGACAGACGUUGAGUGCUCGCUACUCCGGAAAGGCGAUUGGGUUGCGCUUCCUAUUACAGAGCUGAGGGAAGAUGUUGUUGACGGGCCAUUACGUCCCACUCGCUUCAGAAAAUCAUUCACUCUGACAGGGAAGGGAACUAUCCAGAAGGCGCGGCUCUACAUAACAAGUUUAGGAAUUUAUCGGGCCUUCAUCAAUGGACAAGAGGUUAGCGACCACUGCCUGUCCCCAGGCUGGACAAGCUAUCGCUAUCGCCUGAAUUAUCAGACCCUCGACGUUGCGCCGUUUCUCAAUCACGAUGGGCCAAAUGUCAUCGCCAUCGAGGUCGCGGAGGGCUGGUAUGCAACACGUCUCGGCUUCAAGGGUGGACGAGGGAAGCUAUAUGGUGACAGACUCGCUGCUAUCGCUCAGCUUGAAAUUCAUUUUGACUCUGAUGCUGAACGUUUUUCUCUGGCAACGGACCGCACCUGGACUUGCCAACCGAGCGCAAUCGUGAAGAGCGAGUUCUACGACGGUGAGCUCUAUGAUGCCCGCCAGGAAGACCCCAACUGGAAUCGUAUUUCUUCCGGUGAUAACAGCACCAAUUCCUCCUGGGGUCCAGUUCAGGAGCUUGCCUUUCCGUCUGCUACCCUCGUCUCACCCGACGCGCCACCAGUUCGAAUCACAGAAGAGAUCAGGUCUGCCUCAGUUCAACGAACCCCGUCUGGCAAAACCAUUCUUGAUUUCGGUCAGAACCUCGUUGGUCGAUUGCGCGUCCGCUCGAUAGAUAAACAAUCAGGGAAGCGUCUUGUUCUCACGCAUGCCGAAGUGCUGGAACAUGGAGAGCUCGGGACUCGACCGUUGCGUAUCGCGAAAUGCACAGAUGAGAUUAUCUGUGCUGGAACAGAGCUGACCAAUUGGUCACCACAAUAUACAUUUCACGGAUUUAGAUAUGUGCAGGUUGAUGGCUGGGAUCAGGAGCGUGAUGGCGACUUGAUCACCAACUUUACCGCGCAGGUGAUGCACACCGAUAUGACUCGCACUGGCUGGUUCUCGUGCUCGCACCCUAUGGUCAACCAGCUCCAUCAAAAUGCAUUGUGGAGCAUGCGUGGGAACUUUGUUUCUAUCCCGACUGAUUGUCCUCAACGUGAUGAGCGUCUCGGCUGGACGGGCGAUAUCCAGAUCUUUGGACCCUCUGCCAAUUUCCUCUACAAUACUGCUGGCAUGCUGGGCGAAUGGCUUCAGGAUGUAGCCGCCGAGCAGUUUAAUGAAGGCAGAGACGGCUGCGUCCCUCCAUUUGUUGUUCCAAAUGUCAUCUCUGAAGAGCUUUGGCCUCCGACGCCCCAGGCGCAGUGGGAUGAUGUGGUGAUCCUGGGCCCGUGGGCUCUGUAUCAGUCCUAUGGUGAUGUCGAUAUCCUGCGUCGGCAAUACAAGAGUAUGCUCGCGUGGAUUGAUAGAGGGAUCCAGCGCGGACUUGAUGGCCUUUGGGAUCCUGAGGUGUGGCAGUUGGGCGACUGGCUGGACCCAACUGCGCCUCCAGUAGAGCCUGGGGAUGCGAGGACAAACGGGACAUUAGUGGCAGAUGCGUUCUUGGUGCGCAUCACCUCGGUAAUAUCACAGAUCAGUGGUAUCCUAGGAGAAACUGCCGAUUCCAGGCGGUUCGCAGAAGACCUAGUCCGGCUACAGAAGACCUUUCAAGCCAAAUACAUCGCACACUCCGGGCUACUUGUCGGCGACAGUCAAACCGCGCUGAGCCUUGCAAUAAUGUUUGAUUUACAUGCUACUCCUGAACAGGUCAAGGUUGCAGCAAACCGUCUGGUUGACUUGGUACGGUCGGCGAAAUUCCGGGUAGCCACUGGAUUUGCAGGGACUCCGAUCAUCACCCAUGCCCUAACCAAGGGAGGUCAUCCCCAGGUUGCAUAUCGGAUGUUGCUAGAGAAAGGUUGUCCAUCCUGGAUGUAUCCUAUCACAAUGGGGGCAACAACCAUGUGGGAACGAUGGGAUAGUAUGCAGCCUGAUGGAUCGAUUAAUCCAGGAGAGAUGACCAGCUUCAACCACUACGCCUUUGGGUCAAUUAUCAAUUGGCUUCAUAGCACUGUAGCUGGUAUCAGCCCCCUCGCGAAGGGGUGGAAGGAAAUCAAAGUACAACCGAUCCUGGGCGGGACUAUUGAUUCCGCGGAGGCGACGUACAAUACCCCCUAUGGACGCCUGGAAUGCCGGUGGUCCAUCCAAGCUAGCAAAGAGUUAUUUGUACUAGACCUCUUGAUUCCGCCCAAUUCGCGAGCGUUGGUCACCCUUCCUAGUGAUGAUCACUCCAACCAGGCGCUGCAGGGGAGCUGGGUAGGAUCUGGGAAACAUCACUUCUCGAUACCCGCGGGAAAGAAACGAUGCGUAGUCUGGGGUCCAGGGCAUCCUUGUGCUUCAUGUGCCAGAAAGAAAUGGCAGUGUGAGCUGGCCAGCGACUCUUGGAAACCCUCCCAGAAUGGGGCCUCCCGUCUCCCCCAACUCAGACCGGUGCCUCAGAUGAAGGCCGCUCCUUCUGCCGUACAAUCGGUUCAGACAGACACAAGUCUACCGCCGGAUUCUGUGUGCAAUGAGAUUAUCGACCUUUACUUUGAGCUCAUUGAUGAGAAGCAGCUGCUUCUCUUUCAUCGCCAUACAUUUGUUACAGCACAGCGUGCGGGCCAUAUCCCUCAAUUUAUUGUGCUCGGAAUGAUUGCUCUGAUGGCUCGGUUCUCAUCUAAUCCUUACUUCGAGAAUAUCCACCCCUGGCACAGAGCCAAGCGCUGGUUCUCAGCUGCUAUGCAGUCUUUCAAUGCUCGAACGGAAUUGAUUGAUUUACCUGCCCUGCAGGGAUGCAUUUUACUGUCCUUCGUGGCACUUGCAGAAGGUGAUUCCGCCCAAGAGGCACUACUGUCGUCUCAGGCUAUCUGUAUGGUGCGAAUGCUGCGCUUGCCGGAGAGCCUAAGCCCGGACCCCAUCCAGCGAGAGGUGGAAAUUCGAAUCUUCUGGGUUAUGUGGAUGAUGGAAAACUGGCACGCGGCCCGCGCUCUUAUUCCCAAGCAGCUCAUGACGAGUCCUACUUUUAAGCGUCCACUGGAAGAAGAGGCUUACAAGAAAAUGAGACACGACGACCUGCCUGGUGAACAGUCAGAAGCGAGGAUCAAUGCGUUGGGACUCCGAGAAUGCGGCCUGUGGACUUGGAUGCUUCCCUUGUCCGAGUUUCAUGACCAGGUCAUGCGACUGAACGACGAAAUAGUUCAGAAUACAGUGACCGACGUUGAUGUCCGUGGGCGGGUGAGAGAAAUAUCACAGCAGCUGGACAGGUAUCUCCAAAGCCUGCCCGAGCACCUCAAGCACACCGCCGAAAACAAGGAACGACACGCUAGUCGUGGAUUGGGACGAGAAUUUACCAUUCUACAAUUGAACUAUCAUCACCAGUGUCAGAUGCUCUAUUAUCAAUUCCUCAACAAGAAGUCCGAGUCACCAGAGGGUGGGACUGAUCACGAAGCUGCCAUGUACGCGGCGCGGUGCAAAACGCACGCAACGGCUCUUAGCCAGGUGAUGUGGGACACCAACUCAUGUUCCGGAAUGGAAUGCCUCUGGUCGCCAGUCAACGGUCAUCUACUCGUUGUGGCAUCAUCUGUUCUAUUAUACAGCCUUCUUUUCGACACAGACGACGAAAGCAUUGCCAGAGCGAAGAAGCUGUUGGAGCAAAAUUUCAUCAUGCUUCUUCAAUUUCGGAAGCACUGGUCACUCGUUGAGCUUUCCCUGUCACGUUUAAGAGCGUUUCAUCGAGCCUGCCAAAUGAACAGUACGCAGAAGAACUUUGAUAUGGACCGUUGGAUGAUCUAUUUCCUGAAUCGUUACGAUGCCAACGUAUCGGAGCGAUAUAGUGACGGGGUCUAUCUUGAGGCAAAUUCCCGUACGGGAACUGAUCCUGCUCUAUGGGAGGAGUCAACAGGACAGAAUUCACCAUUGGUGGUGGACUUUUUGGAAUCUAUGUGA